AUGACCGUCAGUGCAGUUGAGCAAUCGUGUCCGCCACCGGUCACGACCAAAGGUUCAUCACUGAAGUCUGGUCAAUCUUCCUUUGAAACUUUGAAUCGCUACUCCUCGUUCUCCGAUGAGCAGCAAAAGAUAUGGUGGGAGAAGACCGGACCACUCCUAGGGAAAGUCCUAGCCUCGGCUGGGUAUGACCUCCCUCGCCAACUCGAAGCCCUCACCUUUUACUCCCAAAUUCUGCUUCCGCUUCUCGGUCCUUUCUCUCAAAGUUACCGCAGCGCGAUAACAAGAAGUGGCCUCCCUGUUGAGUUCAGUGUGAACUAUCAGCAACGAGGAAACACUAAGCCUGUCGUCCGGAUUGGCUUUGAGCCCGUCGCACAGGCUUCUGGCACACCAGACGAUCUAUACAAUCAAAUACCGAUCACGGUAAUGAUCAGUCGGCUGAAGCAACUCAACAUUCCCGGAUUUGACGACGAAUUAUUCCAGCAUUUCCUUCUGACUCACACCGUUGAUGCCGAUGAGAAAGUCAUUUUGAGCGGUAACAAGAUGGAAGGCAGUAGCCUGACCUCCCAGGCAGCGUUCGGGUUUGAUCUGAAGCCGGAUAAUAUCUCCAUUAAGGGAUACACCUUUCCAGCACUAAAGUGCCACGCCAGGGGCGCCGGAUUUGGGGCAACCAUCGCCGAGUCCAUCACGCAGCUCGAGCCACGCAUCGGCCACUUUGGGUCCUUUGAUAUGGUAAACGCCUACCUCGAAGAAACAGACGGCUACAGUCAGUUUGCCUUCUGGUCCUUUGACUGCGUGGCGGCCUCAAAGUCACGACUUAAGUUGUACAGUGCACACAACAAUGUUGUCUGGGACAAGAUUGAGGAGAUCUGGACGUUGGGUGGACGGGCUAAUUCUCCAACCGUACAGAAAGGUUUGGAGUAUCUGCAAGAUCUGUGGAAGCUCACAAAGGUGUCAGAAGGGCAUCGUGCCUUUACUGGCGGCUUUGACGACGGGCAAGACUCAACGCCCACUCCCAUGGUUUGGAAUUACGAGAUGAAAGCCGGCGAAUCAGCACCAUUGACCAAAUUCUACUUCCCGGUUCAUGGAGAGAAUGACGAAAAUGUGGUGCGAGGGCUUGCGCAAUUUCUGAUCAAGAUUGGUUUGGCCGAGUAUGGGGAUAAUUAUGAGGAGAUUGUCCGAGACUACUUUCCCAAACGCGAUAUUGCGAAAACAGCCCGAUUAACUUCGUGGAUUUCGUUUGCCUACACUGAAAAGACAGGUGUAUAUCUUAGUGUCUACUACCAUUCUUCUGAUGAUUAUCCAUGGACUGAGGAAGAAGAAGAAGAGACAAACAAGCAGUAG